UUUUUUAUGAGACAUAUCUUCUAAUUUCUUUCAAAAGCUUUUAGGUUUUGAAUUACUCUAUGAAAUUAGUCUUUAAUAUCGAUUUAUCUUGACAAUUGAAGAUUAUUUCAUUUUCUUUGAGAGAUGUAAUGAAUUUAAAGAAAGAAAAUGUCGGAAAAGAGUCACAAUUAACGGUUUCCGCCAUUUUGAAAAAUGGGUAAAAAUUUUUUUUCCUUUAGAGAAAGUACCCUCGAUUUCAGCCAAUAACGCUGGACUUUAGAAAAUUUUAUAUGAGAAAACUUUUUCUAUUGGAAGAUUAAUUCAAAACAUUUAAAACAGUUAAUUAGGUAGGUUAAUUAGUUACCAAGGGAUUAAACUGGCUUUAAAGGCUAUAAUUAUUUGGAAAUUGAACUUCUAUCGGUACUCUCACAACAGAUCAAGUGGUUGCUUUUUUCAUUUUAUUAGUUUUAUGGCGGAGUAAAGUAUUUUGAACAGUGAUUGAAUUGAAGAUCUGGAAACGUUAUACGAUGACAAAAAUCUCCUUAUUAUUCUGCAUGAUAGCAGCUAUUAAUAUAUUUAUCAUGGAGAACAUUCAUGCGUCUUCAAAUUGCGAGCUCAUACAACCUUCAAUAUGCAACAACUUGUCUUAUAACAGGACAACCCUUCCAAAUUUUAUGGGACACUAUUCUCAAAAGCAAAUACGGGAAUAUUUGCGACUUUAUUCUCCAGUUAUCAAAAAACAUUGUUCAAAAUACUUUAAAUUAUUUCUCUGUCAUCUGUUUUUCCCCUCUUGUACUAAAGAUCAUCAAGUAUUGAAGCCUUGUAAAUCCUUGUGCUUAAACGUCAAAAGGAAGUGUUUAGGGACAAUAAAAGAGUUUGGACUUGAUCUGUUUAAAUAUGUGGACUGUUCACGCUUACCUUCUUCCAAGAAAAAUGUCUGCUUAAAAGGUCUAAUAACUAAUCGAUUUUAUAAGCCUGAAAUGAAUAGAAACGUUAUUGAAGGCGGAAGGAAAUUUACUUGUCCACCAUUGCUUACUGUUCCUUUAGAAUUCGGUUACAAGUUACAAAUAGGAAAUACUGAGGUAAAAAAUUGUGGAAUACCUUGCAAAGACAAUCAAGAUUAUUUUUUUGGUACUAAAGAAGAAUCAUUAAGGAAGAGGAAAUUUGCAAGAAUAUGGAUUUUAGUUUGGUCAAUUUUAUGUUUUUUAUCUACUUCUUUUACAGUUUUAACGUUUAUUUUGGAUCGUGAACGAUUUAAAUAUCCCGAGAGACCUAUUAUCUUUUUAUCAUCAUGCUAUCUAGCUGUAUCAUUUUGCUAUGUAAUUGGAUACUUCUUAAAGGAAAAGGCUGUUUGUACCGGACCAUUCAAUAAUAAACUGAAAGAUAUAAAUCAGAAUCAAUUAUCAUUGGAAUUAAUCACUCAAGGAACAAGAAAGAGUGAAUGUACUAUACUCUUCAUGAUAAUCUACUUUUUCAGUAUGGCCAGUAAUAUUUGGUGGGUUAUAUUAACGUUUACUUGGUUUUUGGCAGCCAAACUCAAAUGGGCUCAUGAAGCGGUUGAGAGUAACGCUCAUUUCUAUCAUUUAUUAGCUUGGAUUAUACCAGCUAUAAAGACAAUUGCGAUAUUGGCAUUGGGACAAAUUGAUGGUGAUGUCCUCUCAGGAGUUUGUUUUACCGGUUUAUCGGAUCUACGAAUUUUAAAAGGCUUUAUUAUUGCUCCCCUUCUUAUCUAUUUAAUUCUUGGUAGUUCAUUUCUCUUGGCUGGAUUUGUUUCUUUGUGUAGAAUCAGAUUUACUAUAAAAGCUGAUGGAAAUAUUACAGACAAAUUAGACAAGUUCAUACUAAGAAUUGGUAUCUUUAGUAUUUUAUACAAGUUUCCGGCAAUUAUUGUAAUUGCGUGUCAUUUUUAUGAACUUGGUAAUCGCUUAGAUUGGAUGAUCUCAUUUCAUGGUAGAGCUUGUGAAAUGGGCUUUUCAUGCCCACCAAAAAGAGAUUACCAACCAACCCCCGAAUAUAUAUAUUUUAUGCUGAAAUAUCUAAUGAUGUUAAUAGUUGGGGUAACAUCUGGAUUUUGGAUAUGGUCUACAAAGACAACUCUAACAUGGAAAAAAGCCUAUUAUAGAUGCUUUACAAAGAGACAAUUUAUAAAUGAAACCGAUCUGUAAAAAAUACAUUAUAUUCAAUUAUCAAUACAAUGUCAGAAUGCACAUUGUAUCAGUAUACAAACUGUGUCUAGUUUUCUUUUACAAAAGAGUAAGCCUCACAUUUUGAGUUCGGUUACGUGCAAUUGUCGAUAUAUAUAUAUAUAUACAGUCGCGAUAUUAAGUAAUUAUAAGAAGAGUAAAAAUGUCUAAAAAUCGAAAUAUUUUGAUUUAGGAAUAAAGUGUAUGGUUGUGAAUAUUUUUUUGUAUAGGAUAGAUGACUUGUGAAACAUGAUGGAAAAUUUCAGAUAAAUAUCUAUAUUUUAAGAAUCAAUUUAUCUUUCUUUUUUACCAUACUAUGAAUUUAGACAGCUAUUAAGUAAUUAUAACAUCAUCAUUAUGACCUCAUAAUUAUUAAAAAAUGCAUCAGCUAUCU